AGAGAGACAAGACCUAGUCUGAGAACAAGACUGAGAAAAGGAGGCAUUCAAAUAUAAAAGUUGCCCCACUUUUAUUCUGGAUGGUAAGGGAAAAUUGAGAAGUGACUCUACAAGCCUUGCAUAGAAACCAAAGAUAGUUGGAGAGGAGCCUGAAGAAAGACAACAUUUAAAGAGCCUCAAAAACUUGUAUGGAAUUGCUGAGGAUCAAAACAUAACCGUUUUCAUUAUUGGUUUUUCAUUUUGCAAGUCUCUUUCAUUCUUUGACCAUGAGGCACGUGUAUCUGCUGAGUCUGGGUCUUCUAGCAUUGACAGAGAACAUCCUGAUGCAAACAAUCUGUGGACAUGGAUAUAAGAAUAAAAAAAAAGAGUGUGUAGAUGAAAAUGAGUGUGAGCAAGAACCACCGAUUUGUGGAAAAAAUUCAAAAUGUUCCAACACUGUUGGAAGCUACUACUGUCACUGUCAUGAAGGAUUUACUCCAACUCCAACUGCGAUUGACUGCAAGGACAUCAAUGAAUGUGUGGUUGGAAGCGCUGAUUGUGGUCCUAAUGCAAAAUGUAUCAAUUUUGAAGGAGGUUAUAAUUGCGCAUGUCAAAUUGGCUACAUUUCCAGCAAUGGAAAAGAGAUAUUCAAUUCAGAACAAGGAGUUCAUUGUAUUGACAGAGAUGAAUGCGACGAUUCUAGUUUUUGUGGAAAACAUGCAACAUGUCAUAACACUCCUGGCAAUUUCUACUGUAUCUGUGAUGCAGGAUUCAGACUAAAGUCAGGAGAAACUAACUUCACUGAUAUAUAUAAAUCCUGCGAGAGUGUAUGUGAGAUUGAUAAAUUUAUAUGUGGAGAAGGAGAAUGCAAAAACAACAAAGAUGGCCAUGAAUGUGUGUGCAGCUCAGGAUUCACUAACUAUGGUCACAAGCAAAUGAAGUGCACAGAAAUUAAGUGCGACGGAUUAUUAAGUGAGAGCAAAGCAUCCCAGGCAUCUCCAGAACUCAUAAAACUCGUCUCUUUGAUGAACAACAGCUGUCUGGUACUGAGUCAGAGUGAGUUUACACAAGUGGAUGGUGAAAAACUUUUGGAGGCAUUUCUGAGAGCUCUAGAUGAACUGCUUCAUGCUGGCUUACAUGGUGAUAAUGCUAAAGUCUCAGCAUUGUUUAGUAUUGUGGAAAUCAUGCUAAAACUGAUCGGACCUCUGCUAUCAAAAAGCGUGACCAGGAAAUUAAGCACUCAAACUGAAGUGGUGAUGUUGCUAAAAAGGGACAGUUUUCCAUCUGAUUUGAUAAUGUCCACCAGUGACACACAAUUUACCUCCCACUGGGACACAGCAACAGGAAAUAAUCACCUUGGCUUUACUACUGCAGCUUUCCUCAGCUACAAAAAUCUGGAGAAAUCCCUCAACGGCUAUUUUAACCAUUUAGAGACAUGGGAAAACCAAACUUUCAAGAUCAAUUCAAAAGUUGUAACUGCCACUGUUAGUAACAAUGAGACAGCCAAUCUAAAGAAACCUGUAAAUCUCACGUUUUCUCACUUGGAGAAAAAGGAUGAGAAGCAUAUCUGUGUGUUUUGGGAUCAUAAACUGGAAAGGGGCGCGUGGUCAACACAGGGCUGCACUACAGUGAGCUCCAGCGCCAGUCGCACCGUCUGCUCCUGCUCUCACCUCAGCAGUUUUGCAGUGCUGAUGGCUCUCUAUGACAUUGGGGAUGUAUACGAGCUGCGUCUGCUCACAUUGGUGGGACUGCCACUGUCUCUGGUCUGCCUCCUCAUCUGCAUUGUCACAUUUUACUUAGUGCGAUCCAUCCAGAGCACACGCAACACCAUCCACCUCCACCUCUGCAUCAGCCUAUUCAUCGCCUACUUUGUGUUCCUCGUGGGCAUCGUCCGCACAGAGAAUAAGGUGGGCUGUGCAGUCGUUGCAGGCAUUCUGCACUACUUCUUCCUGGCUUCCUUCUGCUGGAUGUGUCUGGAAGGAGUGCAGCUCUUCCGCAUGGUGGUGCUGGUCUUCAACACAACGCUGAGACCCAUCUACAUGUUUGCCGCUGGUUAUGGAGUUCCUGCUGUUAUUGUUGCCAUUUCAGCCACAGUGAAUGCAAGCGGAUAUGGUACAGAUAACUACUGUUGGCUCAACAUUAAAGGGGGCUUCAUCUGGAGCUUUUACGGGCCAGUUUGUGUCAUAAUUAUUGUUAAUGUAUUAUUCUUUCUCAUAACAAUAUGGAGGCUGGCGGAAAAAUUUUCCUCCCUAAACCCAGACUUAAACAGUCUACGCAAAAUCAAGGCAUUUAUGGUCACUGCGAUCGCUCAGCUGUGUAUCCUUGGCAUCAUGUGGGUGUUUGGCUGUUUCCAGUUUGAUAAAGGCACUCUGGCAAUGUCCUACAUCUUCACUAUACUGAGCAGCCUGCAGGGGGUGCUGAUGUUCAUCAUGCACUGCUGGCUCUCAAAACAAGUGAGAGAGGAGUAUGCCAAAUUCCUGUCCUGCAUCUGUGCACCACAGAAGAGGAAAUAUACAGAGAUGAACUCAAACCAAACAAGCAAAUCGCAGGCCUCCAGGAGCAAUGAUCACACUGGUGAAUCACACAUUUAAGAGGCCAUUUCAACAAACUAUUCAAUUUUUCAUCUUUUUGCAAGUUGGAGUGUCACAUUUCUGUAUGCUUUCUGUGGAAAUGUUCAUAAAAUGCAUUUG